AUGGCUGGUGUCAUAGUGAUUUUUGACUUUGACUCAACAAUAAUUGAGAUGGAUAGUGAUAAUUGGGUUCUUGAUCACUUUGGUUUAACUGAAAAAUUCUACCAGCUUCUUCCUAACACCCUUUGGAAUCCUCUCAUGAACAAGAUGAUGAAUGAACUUCAUUCUCAAGGGAAAAAUAUUGAAGAAAUUAUUGAACUUGUUAAGAGAACUCCCAUUCAUCCUCGCAUUGUACCUGCCAUUCAAGCUGCUUAUUCUCUUGGGUGUGAGUUGAGGAUUGUGAGUGAUGCAAAUAUUUUCUUUAUAGAAACAAUUUUGAAGCAUCAUGGAGUGCUGAAUUGUUUCUCAAAGAUCACUGCAAACCCAAGUUAUGUUAAUGAAGAUGGGAGGCUCAUAAUUUGUCCCUACCAUGAUUAUCUUAAAUCUUCUCAUGGAUGUAACCUUUGUCCACCAAAUAUGUGCAAGGGAUUGGUGAUAGAAAAGUUCCAAAGUUCACUUGAUGAGGAAGGAGAGAAAAACAUGAUAUACUUGGGAGAUGGAAGUGGAGACUUUUGCCCUAGUUUAAAGCUCAAAGAAAGUGAUUAUCUGAUGCCUAGAAUGAACUUUGCAUUGUGUGAUUUAGUAUCUAAGAAUUCUAAUGACAUAAAGGCACAUGUACAUGGUUGGAGAGAUGGGGGAGAGCUUGAGAAUGUGCUGCUUCAUAUCAUCAACAAAAUUAAUAUUGAUUAUGGAAACAACAUUGUUGGUCCAAAAGUUAUGUCACUUGAUUGCAAGAUGGGAACAAUUUCAACUGAGGCUCUUAAACCUUUUCCAGAAGCUAUUUCAAUUCCUCUUUAA